GUGCAGCAUUUCCAUGUCGUCAUCGUGGAAAAUAUUCAUGAAAUUACUGCAAAUUUUGAUGUGAUAGCAUUGCACAUAUUUAUUAAAAUAUUUUAUAUGCCAAUUCUCUUAUUAGAAGCUUUUAUAAAAUCCAACCUCAAGCAUCUUGAUGGAGAUAGAAUAAACAGGAAGAAAUAUGAAAAUGCUGUUGAGUCACCGUCUCUUAUUAUAGAGAUGAAUGCUAGAUUUUUAUUAAAAGCCCAUUUUAAGUAUAUGCAAUGGUUGUUCAGAGAUUUAGCUCUUUUAUUUUAUGAGAUAAGCUCAGAUUAUUUAUUUCUAAAAACCACUUAUAAGCAUUAA